AUGAUUAUCUACAAGUGUUCCGUCCGAGCAGUCCACCCCAAGUAUGCUAUCGACCUUGUCAUUGCAUGUGCCCCGUUCAUCGUCAUCAUCGCCGCCGACUCCCCACCUCACAUCCGGCACAUCCGGCACAUCCGGCAGCGCCUCGGACCCAACCGUCGAGCCUCAAACCGUGGCUCGAGCGGGAUCGACGUCUCCCUGACCGACGAUCACUUCAACGUGGGGCAGAAGAGGCUGUUAUUCCUGGCACGGGCCUUGGUUCGGGCCGCUGGCACAGAAAAUCAGCCGCGAGGAUUCUGCCAACAGCGCGAGCAUCACCAUUGUGCGUCCGAUAUCCGCGGUCUUGGAUACGGACCGAGGGAGGUGGUCGAGUUGGCGGCGCCAAGCGAUUGGCUCGCGCGCGAUCCUCCCAUUUACCUAGUUCCAUUCUCUACUACUACAGACCGCGUUGUUGCUUCUGCUUCUGGACAAAAUUCCUAUCUCUCACGAGUAAGACAAUAG